UUCUCAGUGUGUUGGUCAACUUGAGAUUAAAAACUCGUGCGUUCAAGUUAAUUUUCUCAAAGGGAAAAUAAAUAUAUUUUAUAAAUUUAUUUGUGAAAAUGUUAACUAUUUGAUACCUAUAUUGUUUGUUUGGAUAUUAGAAAUUAGAAAAUAUAGCGCUUUAUUUUUCACUAAUUUAAUUGUGAAGUUAUAGUGUUACUGAGAAUACAAAAUGGCGGUCGUGCAACAGUUUCCAAUACAAAAGGAAUACGAAAAAAACCCAGACAUAUCCCGUGAGGAUAUUAAGAAGCUCAGGGAAUGGCUGAACACGCAACCUCACCUGCCUGGAGAUAAAUUGAGUGAUCUGGAUCUGCUGAUUGUGUUCCACUGCUGUGAUAAAAGUCAGGAGGUAUCCAAGCAAGUGCUAGAUCUUCAUUACACUCUCAGAACUUUGUUUACUACUUACUUCGAGGACAGACGAGUGGACAAAAAGGUCGAGUUCACUGUGGAUAAACUUUUGUUUGCCGCUCUACCUACACCGACAGCCGAAGGAUACCGAGCUGUGUACAUGAGAGUUUUGGACCCGGAUCCACGCAGUUUCAUAUUCUGCGAUGCAGUUAGAGUAUUCAUGAUGAUGGUAGACCUUUGGCAGUACGAGGAAGGAACUUGGCCGGGCUUCAUUAUGAUGAUAGACAUGGACCAGACAGUCAUAGGCCACCUGGCGAGGUUGGACCUCAUGACAAUUCGUCAAGUCUUGUACUUCUUGCAAGAAGCGAUGUUGGUUAGGUUAAAAGGCGUCCAUUUCCUCAACGCCCCUUCGUUCAUGGACAAACUGAUGAUGAUGCUGAAGCCUUUCAUGAACAAGACCCUGAUGGAUAUGAUCUAUAUCCACCAGAUCGGCUCGGAUACGCUGUACGAACACGUGCCGAAAGAGGCAUUUCCUAAGAACAAUGGGGGAACUUACAAGGACUAUGAUACUAUAAAAGACGAGCUGCUGAAACGCUUCAAAGCAAACCAGAAAUUCUUCGACGAGGAAAGUCUCCGGAGAGUGAACCAGAACCUCAGACCCAGCGGGAAGAAGACCACGGUGGAGAACUUAUUCGGUAUACAGGGCAGCUUCAAGAAAUUAGACAUCGAUUAAACUACUGUCUAAUAAUUGUAAUAAAUAAAUCAAUUUCUGGUUGUAUUA